AUGAGAGGAAUCACAACCACGCAGACGUACCGAUUGAAGCCUCUAGAACAGGCCGUGGACGAUCUAGAGCGACGCGCGUCGUCGCUCGACGACGACUACGCGCAACUCCUCACAGCUUGCAUCCAGGAAAGAGAUUUGCGUCAAGGCGCCAGGCUCCACGCGCUCAUCCUUGGCAGCAGCCACCACCAAUCCAACAGGUACCUCGCAAAUCUUCUCAUCCAGCUCUAUGGAAGGUGCGAGCGCCCGGCUCGAGCAUGGCAGGUGUUUAUCAGCAUCCACGAGCCCAACAGAUUCUCCUGGAACUUGAUGCUUGGCGCUUAUGCCCACAAUGGGUAUCUUGAGGAAGCCAAAGAGCUGUUUGACCAGAUGCCACAAAGGGAUAUUGUUGCAUGGGUCACUGUAAUCACGGCUCAUGCAAACCGUGGAAACUUAGAGGAAUGCCAAGCAUUGUUUGAUCAGGUUCCUGAAUGGGAUGUAGUUUGCUGGAACUCGCUACUUACAGCAUAUGCCCAUAACGGGCAUAUGGAUCAGGCAAGCCAGGUUUUUGAUGGAAUGCUAGAACACAACAUAGUUUCUUGGACUGUUAUGGUUACUGGGUAUGCAAGAAAAGGUCUUGUUAACGAUGCGUUAAAUUGGUUUAUGAGAAUCCCCGAAACCAACGAGCUGGGAUGGACUGUUCUUGUCACUGCAUAUGCCCAGAUUGGGCAUAUUGAAAAAUCCAAGGAGCUUUUCAGUAAAAUGCCACACCGCGACAUAAUCUCGUGGAACGCAAUGCUAGCGGCAGCAUCCAGCUUGCAAGAAGCAAGGUCUCUGUUUGAUGCCAUGCCACAGAGGAACGUUGCAUCGUGGUCGACAAUGAUCACAGCACUGGCCGAGAGAAACCAGCUCGAAGAAGCUUGCAUUCUCUUCGAUCAAGCUCCUUAUCACGACGACGUGGUGUGGACUGCCAUGAUUUUGGCCUACUCCAACCACGGCCACCUCGAAGAAGCCAUGAAGAUGUUUGCACGGAUGCCACAGCGCGAUCUCGUCGCUUGGACGGCAAUGGUGGCGGCAAUUGCUUUGCACGGGAGCUUGAUCGAUGCCAGAGCCUUGUUCGACAAAAUGCCACAGCACGAUAGCGUCGCGUGGAACACGAUGCUGGGAGCUUACAUCCAGAGCAAUUGCCUCAUCCAAGCGCGGGAGCUCUUCGCGGCCAUGCCGGUGAGAGACACAGCGAGCUGGAACGCGAUCCUUGCCGCGAGCGCUCAAAGGGGGAAUCUCUUGCAGGCCGGGAAGAUCUUCUCCACAUUGCCUGAUCGGAGCAUUGUGUCGUGGAACGCGAUGAUCCAUGGCUGCGCACAGAAUGGCCAUGAGCGAAAAGCUGCUGAGUUUUUUGGUAGCAUGGCGAUGGAGGGCGAGGCCAGAAACGAGAUAAGUUUCCAGGCGAUUCUCCUGACUUGCAAUCACGGUGGGAAGCUCCGUGUGGCACUCGACUACUUUCGAUCUAUGGUGGCCGAGUACAGCAUUUCUCCAAAUGUGAUUCACUUCCAGGCGAUGGCAGAUGUGCUGGGACGAGCCGGGAUGGUUGCCGAGGCUGAAGGUCUGCUGCUGGUGAUGCCCUUCCAGCCACAUUUCCUCGCGUGGAAGAGCUUGAUCAGCGCUUGCAAAGUUCAUGGUAGCGGUAAGAACAUCGAUGUUGCAGCUCGUGCCGCAGAGAAACUCUUCGAGAUGAAACCAGGGGACUCGGCACUCUACGUGCUCAUGUCAAAUCUGCAAAAGCAGCUGCGUCAACCUUUAUAA